AUGGUGGAUUUGAAAACUGACAUUAGUGCCACAUUGGAUUUUGGUUUCGACACAUUUCUAAUUCUCACGUUUGGUUCGCUGAUUGAUUUAAAGAAAAAGGGGGCUGAAAUGGGGUUCCACGUCACAUUUAUAAAAAAUGCUAUUUCAGAGGGUGCUUUUAUGAAACUAGCAAAGAUUAUGAGGGGAAAAAAUCUCUUACAGAACUCAAGGCAUAUAACAGAAGAGGAGCAACUUGCCAUUACAUUGAAAAUAUUGGGCCAUAAAUCCCAAAAUUGUAUUUUGAGAACAUAUUUUAUAAGAUCAGGGGAGACAGUUAGUAGAUACUUCAACAAAGUAUUACAAGCUAUUUCCUACAUACAAGGCCGAUAUAUGAAACAAGCACUGAAUGAAGUGCCCCAAGAGAUCCUAAACAAUCCAUCAUUUUAUCCAUUUUACAAGGAUUGCAUAGAUAUGAUAGAUGAGACACAUGUGGAUGCUAUGCUACCUGCUAGCCUUGUUGCGUGUUUCAGAGGGCGCAAAUGUGUCACACAAAAUAUUAUUGCCGCUUGUACACCAAACAAACUGCUCACCUACGUUUUAGCUGGGUGGGAGGGAUCGACUAAUGACUAUAAAAUCCUUCAAGAUGCUCUGUCUAGACCACAACCAUAUGGCUUACGGGUCUACACUGGUAAAUAUUACUUGUGCGAUGCGGGGUACGCAACUAUGCCAUAUUUUAUAUCUUUAUAUCGUGGUGUUCAUUACCAUCUAAAGGAAUUUAUGGGGAGAACGCCUCAAAAUAGGAGGGAGUUAUUCAAUAUUAGUCAUUCAUCUUUAAGGUCAAAGAUAGAAGCUACCUUUGGUAUUUUGAAGAAUCGUUUCAAGAUUCUCACGGCAAAACCCCACUACCCCUUCCCCGCACAAGUUGACAUCGUUUUAGCAUGCACAGUUCUCCAUAACUACAUUGUAACAGUCGGUCCAAAUGAUGAUUUGCUCAAUGGGACCAUCGACAUUAAAGAGGAUGAUGCUGAAGAGAGAAUUGAUGAAGAAAACGACGUUAUUGAUUUCACGGGGUCCCAAACACAAAGAGAACAAAAUGCCUCAAAGGAUGAGUGGAAGUUUUGCAGAGAUCAAAUCGCUUUGGACAUGUGGAUUGAUUAUUAUAAUAAAUACUGGCAUAGUGUCACCACUGAGUCUGCCUUAUGA